AUUUUAGAUUUUCAAAAAAAUAUGAAGAUUUUGAGGAUAUAAUAUUUUUUGGUCUUUGCUAAACAAGGAUAAGAUUACCGGGUGCAAGGAAGAUACAAAUCAUCUUUCAUCAUGAGGGCGCAGUGUAUUCUGGUUUGUCUUGCGAUCUCCCUGUCUCUGGGUAUCCAUGGAAACCCUGCUCCUGAUCAUGAAUCUAGCUCCGGGUCUGGGUGUGGAGGGGACAGUCUCUGUAUCCUGGAUUCUAUGCUCCGGGAAGGUUUAAUUAACCAGCAGCAAUAUCAGAGAAACAAGAACUUUAUAACUCGACCUAAAACAAGUUGGAUCACCAGCUCCCAGUCCUAUCCUUCUCCCAGGUAUCUGGGGAACCAGGAGGACCAGGGAACCCAGUGGAACCAGGCAUCUUCAGACAACCAGGGAGAUUCACGAAGACCUAACAGUAAAUAUAACCCUGACUGCUGGGCCCAGGAUGGGCAGGGUGGGCAGCAGAGCAGGAGGAUAAGGAGUGGAAGGGGGCACGCUCAGGGUAGAGAACAGGAGAGAACACGACCUUGUCUCUGGGAAACAGAUUACUAUCUUGGAGAUGAAACCUUAUGAACUCAAUAAUUAAGGAAAUGUCGUCGUGUAAUUCUAAGUGAUCCAUCAUUUAAAAAAGGGGGCAUUCCCGGUUCAUAACAGUACCCAAUACCCGUGACAUUUAACCUGAUCAAUAAUGGAAGAAAACGUCGUUUUUCUAAAAGCCCCUUUUACAGAUAAACCACAAAUGAAAAUAAACAAUUUUUGAAAAUAAAAACAUAAA